AUGGCUUUCAAAAAUGCCAUGCUUACAGUUACAGUUCUGUUUAUGGUAGUAGUAGGAACAUGUACGGCUCAAUCUGCACCUUCUGCAGCACCAACAACAUCAAUGACAAUGCCGCCGAUGAUGUCAACUGUUCCUUCUCCACCUAUGAUGAUGUCGCCACCUCCUCCGGCCAUGAUGAUGUCGCCACCUCCUAUGAUGAUGUCUCCACCUCCUCCGGCCAUGAUGAUGUCUCCACCUCCUAUGAUGAUGUCGCCACCUCCUCCGGCCAUGAUGAUGUCUCCACCUCCGAUGAUGAUGUCGCCACCUCCUCCAGCUAUGAUGAUGGCGCCACCUCCUAUGAUGAUGUCGCCAUCUUCUCCACCAGCCCAGCCUCCCAUGAUGAUGAUGUCACCACCACCAUCUUCUCCAAUGACACCAGGUCCUGGUCCUAGUACUGGUAUGAUGAUGCCCGGCUCUCCCCCUGCACCUACUCCUAUGUCAUCAUCCGAUGCUCCUGGUCCAAUGAUGAUGACUCCUGGUCCAUCCGAUGCUCCUGGUCCAAUGAUGAUGACUCCUCCCCCUCCUAAUUCAGGCGUUGUUUAUGGAGCUUCACUGACCAUGUUAGCAGUAUUCGGAGGAAUCUCAGCUCUACAGUUACUUGUUUAA